AUGGAAUCAAAUGGAACGCGCAAAGGGCCGCUGCCUGGAGGUCGCCAGGGCGCGUCUGGAGCUGGCGCUGGACGCGACAGCAUGCGAACCGCCAGCCGAGCGCGAGGUGCUGCACGACCACCCAGCAGAUCCUCGCAUCCAUCAUCCCCACCAGCUGGCUUGGUGUCGGCAGGGUCUUCGCGGGCUCAGCAAUCGGCACCCGCCACUGUACGUGGAGUACGCCGCAUGCGUUGGACAACCCAGAUGAACAGCAACGCAUUGCGGGCGUAUUUUAGGGCGAAAGGGGGAGAAACUGGAGGUUUUGCGUAUCGGGCAAGGAUGCAUCGACUUUUUGCUGAGCUGGAGCCAUCUGUAACCGUCACCGAGCAAAACCUGGCAGACCGAGUUCGGUAUAUCUUGCGCUCAAAUACAUUUGAUGUCACCGAACUCGAACGGCUACGACGUGAGGCUGUUCCCUCAUCGGGUGAAAAUGCUGCGGCUGAGGAUGCGGCGCCACAACUUGCUGAGCAAACGGCAAAUGUGGAUGCCGCCGUGAAUACGCCAGUUGUGGUUGAUUCAAACUAUGAUGGAACAGUCGCCCAGGAACUGGAACUAGAGCAAAUGAGGAGUACAUUGGAAGAGGCGAUUGUGGAAACGCGCAGUACGACUCUCGAAAAUCGACCGCGACUUCCCCGCUUAGCCCUAAGCAAGCGGAAUCGGGCUGUCGUGAGGGCUCUGAACCCAAUGCUGGUUACCUAUUUGGAAGCCAGCCGGGACCUUUGCGAGACGGACUCAAUUCUUUUUGGCGCCGCACUGGCAGUCUGCCGUAUUAUAGGCGCCAAACUUUCCACGGCUGGACGCGCUACUGGACAAAGUAGUGCUAUCCCAGCCUGGAGAAUAAGAAUUGAAGAACGUAUCGCAAAGGCUAGGGCCCUCAUCGGCAGACUGAUAUGCUUCAGGUCAGGCAAUACCAGGCCAAGGAUUGUGCGCACCGUCAGGAUGGCGUUUGCUGGGACAAAUGUUAGUUUGUCCCAGCCGGAUAUAAUGCAAAAACUGACGGAGCGCAUAGACGACCUGAAGCAAAGAAUAGCUGCUUGGGGAAAGCGGAUUCGGCGAUAUACCGAGAGGUCGACACGGUUCAACCAGAAUCGUCUCUUCCAGAGUGAUCAGAAGAGGCUCUAUAAAUCAUUGGAGCGACCAAUAGUAAGUGGAACGGGCCCUGCACCAAAUCAGGCCGACACGGUCGCAUUCUGGCGCAGCCUGUGGUCAGAGCCCGUAAACCACAACGAGGGCCCUUGGACGGAAGUUGUGGCGAGUCAGUGUGCGAGUAUUACGCCCAUGGACCCCGUCACCAUAACGCCGGAUGACGUAGCUGAGGCGGUCCGUAGGGCCCCGAACUGGAAAAGUCCGGGGCUUGACGGGCUGCAUCACUACUGGCUGAAGGGGUUCAUGGUGUGUCACUCUGUGCUCGCCCGACAGUUUCAAGAGGCUCUCAACCAGAAGUCGCUCCCAAGCCUCUUCACUACUGGGAUCACUCAUUUGGUUCCUAAAGAUCAGGGUGCCACAGACCCGAGCAAAUACCGCCCCAUCACGGCAAAAGGGGAAGAAACUGGAUGUUUGGCGUAUCGGGCUAGGAUGCAUCGUCUUUUUGCUGAGCUGGAGCCAUCUUUAAUCGUCACAGAGCAAAACCUGGCAGACCGAGUUCGGUAUAUCUUGCGCUCAAAUAUAUUUGAUGUCGCCGAACUCGAACGGCUACGACGUGAGGCUGUUCCCUCGUCGGAUGAGAAUGCUACGGCUGAGGAUGCGGCGCCACAAAUGGUAGAGCAACCCGCAAACGUGGAUGCCGCCGUGAAUACCCCAGUUGUGGUUGAUUCAAACGAUGAUGGAACAGUCGCCCAGGAACUGGAAUUAGAGCAUAUGAGGAGUAUAUUGGAAGAGGCGAUUGUGGAAACGCGCAGUACGCCUCUCGAAAAUCGACCGCGACUUCCCCGCAUAGCCCUAAGCAAGCGGAAUCGGGCUGUCGUGAGGGCUCUGAACCCAAUGCUGGUGACCUAUUUGGAAGCCAGCCGGGACCUUUGCGAGACGGACUCAAUUCUUUUUGGCGCCGCGCUGGCAGUCUGCCGUAUCAUAGGCGCCAAAGUUUCCACGGCUGGACGCGCUACUGGCCAUAGUAGCGCUAUCCCAGCAUGGAGAAGAAGAAUUGAGGAACGUAUCGCAAAGGCUAGAGCUCUCAUCGGCAGACUGAUAUGCUUCAGAUCAGGCAACAACAGGCCAAGAAUUGUGCGCACCGUCAGGAUGGCGUUUGCUGGGACAAAUGUCAGUUUGUCCCAGCCGGAUAUAACGCAAAAACUGACGGAGCGCAUAGAUGAUCUGAAGCAGAGAAUCGCUGCUUGGGGAAAGCGGAUUCGGCGAUAUACCGAGAGGUCGACACGGUUCAACCAGAAUCGUCUCUUCCAGAGUGAUCAGAAGAGGCUCUAUGAAUCAUUGGAGCGACCAAUGGUAAGUGGAACGGGUCCAGCACCGAAUCAGGCCGACACUGUAGCAUUCUGGCGCGGCCUGUGGUCAGAGCCCGUAAACCACAGCGAGGGCCCUUGGACGGAAGUUGUGGCGAGUCAGUGUGCGGGUAUUACGCCCAUGGACCCCGUCAUCAUAACGCCGGAUGACGUAGCUGAGGCGGUUCGUAGGGCCCCGAACUGGAAAAGUCCGGGGCUUGACGGGCUGCAUCACUACUGGCUGAAGGGGUUCAUGGCGUGUCACUCUGUGCUCGCCCGACAGUUUCAAGAGGCUCUCAACCAGAAGUCGCUCCCAAGCCUCUUCACUACUGGGAUCACUCAUUUGGUUCCUAAAGACCAGGGAUUAAGCCCUGCUUAUCAUAUUGUGUUGCCAUUAAUUAAAGGAAAAGAAAGCAAAAACGGAAGAUGUAGAAAGAAUAUGAAGUAA